CUGACGGCUCUAUACGGGAUCGAGGAGGUGCUAAAGCUGCAGGAGGGCGAGACCCUGCUGGUGAACGCGGCGGCCGGAGCCGUGGGCGCCGUGGUCGGAGGUCAUUUCUCAAGCCUGGCCAUCCAGCAGAUGAAGGACUUUGGGAGGGUUGCUGUUUGUGGAAGUAUCUCCACCUAUAAUGAUGCCAAACAUGAGACAGGACCUUACCCUUUGAUAAAGAUAAACAUGAAGCAGCUUAAGAUUGAAGGUUUCAUGCAAAGCCGAUGGGAACAUGAGCAUCCAGAAGGCCUCCGGAAACUGAUGGGCUGGUUGAAGCAGGGGAAGCUGAAGUUUCAGGAGCACGUCACAAAGGGUUUUGACAACAUGCCAGCAGCUUUUAUGGGGAUGCUGCAGGGAGAAAACCUGGGCAAGGCCGUCAUUUCAUUGUGGAUUCUGGCCAAACACUUUGAGGGGUUCCCAAAAACCAGCGACUUCCAGCUCCAGGUGGAGGAGCUCCCGGAGCCCAAAGAUGGAGAGGUGCUUCUGGAAGCGGUUUUUCUCAGCGUGGAUCCCUACAUGAGGCCGUUCAGCAGGGUCCGCAUGAAGGAAGGGGACGUAAUGAUUGGAAGUCAAGUGGCAAAAGUGAUUCAGAGCAGGAACCCGGCCUUUCCUGUGGGGAGCCACGUUGUGAGUCGCUCCGGGUGGAAGACCCACGCGGUCAGCGACGGGUCGGACCUCGUCCCCGUGGCAACCGACUGGCCUCAGGACGUCUCUCUGUCUCUGGCCCUGGGAACCAUCGUAUCUCAACCUAUAAUGAUACUACACCCCAAACAGGGGAAGCUGAAGUGUCGGGAGCACGUCACAAAGGGCUUUGACAACAUGCCAGCUGCUUUCAUGGGGAUGCUUCAGGGAGAAAACCUGGGCAAGGCCGUGGUUGCAGUC